UUCCGGUUUGAAAAUUUUAACUUGAUUUGAUACUAAUAACCAUUGCGCAAAUUUCUCUCAGAGUUGUGCUAAAAGACAAAAAAAUCUAAUCGAUCCUGACAAUGAUGGCGGGGCUAACUCGUGGUUCUACGGAAUCCGCGUGGGACUUCCGACUGCUCUGUUUUUCUGUUGUGUCUUCGGAGCACUUGGUACACUCGUGGCCCUUCGGAAGAGACGGCGAAGCACCAAUGAAAACUGGCCAGCUGCAAGUAACCCUAGAGCUGCAAGUGUCCAGUUCCGAAUCCAGACACCUAUGUACCCUCCCACCCCCGGAUAUUUUCCCCCUCUACCUCCAGCAGAAGGGGCCACCUACCCCGGAGCAGUGUCGGAACAACAACAUCAGUCGGAGAAAGAAAGGGAAGUGGCUCAACAGAUGGCUAUGACUUCGUCGCCUUAUCCUUUUCCCCAAACUGUAAUGAUUCCUCCUCGUCGUCCAGUUGAAAUUGGGAAGUCACAGCUGAACAGUGGCUUCGUAUCUAUGGAAGAUGCGAAACUUCAACAAAAUGAUGAAAACUGAAAAAAAGGAAAGUGCAACAAAAUUAUGAAAACUGAAAGAAAUUCUACUGCAACAAAAUGAGAAAAACCGAAAAAAGAAACUGCAACAAAAUCAUGAAAACUAAAAAAAAGGAAUUUGCUACAAAUAAUAAAAACUAGAAAAAGAAGAAACUAGAACAGUAUGCUGAAAAAAGAAACUCUGAAGAUGGAUAUGGACUCUUUAAACGACUAAAACAGUUCGCU